UAUGAAUAUUGAAUGUACAAUAUUAUAUUAUAAAUACGUACAAAAAUAAGUCGUUGCCAGUAAAAUCGAGACGACGUCGGCGGCGGCGCGAUAACGAAAAUCAGGGAUUUUCCGUAACACAAGUAUACGAACACAAUACUGGAGUGAAUGAGUAUACAUCCAUGUAUUUAAGUUUAUUUCAUAAAUCAUAAUUUCCAUAUCACAAUAUCACAUUAAUCGUGGUUUAUUUUUUACAUUUUAAAAUAAACAAUAAUUUGGUUUAGCGACUGAAACACACCGCGAGUGCGUGACUAGUUUGGGGCGUUUCAUCGUUUGGCCUACACCUACUAAAAGUCUAAAAAGCCUCAAUUUAUUUGGAAACGACUUUUUUUGUACAUAUUUAUAUAUUAUUGUCCGUUUUAAAUCCAUAUGGUUAGCUUAGAUUUGUUUUAAGCACAUUGCACAUACGAAUAUACUUUGAAAUAACUUCCAGUGUUAAACAUGUCAGUAAACGAACUAGACGUCUUACAAACCUCAACGAGUACAAAUGAUUCAGAGUCAGUUAUACAAUUUAAUGAAUUUAAUUAUACAAAUAGCUUUCACUCUAUUCAACUACUUGAAGACUUAAAAUCCUUACGCGAUAAUGAAGUUUUAUGCGAUAUUAAAUUGAGAACAGUUAAUGGUACAAUAGUAGUUGGACAUAGAAACAUUUUAGAAGCAGCUAGUAAAUUUUUUCAUGUAAAGUUUAGUAAUUUUGAUAAGGAUUUUAAAGGUAUUGUUGAUAUACUUAUAAAGGAGUUAGAUAGUGUUUUACAAAUAUUAGUUGAUUAUAUUUAUACUGGAAAAAUUAAAAUCACCAAAGAAAACGUAAAGGUUUUGUUACCAGCUGCAAAAAUCCUACAGUUAGACUAUGUAAUUAAUGCUUGUGUUGAGUAUUUACAAACAGGUUUAGAUACUUCAAAUUGUCUUGGUAUCAAAGCAUUUGCUGACUUACAUAGCUGUAUGGAAUUAUCAUCAAGUUCUGGAGAAUUCAUUAAAAAAAAUUUUUUACAAAUGGUUAAAGGGGAUGAGUUCAUAUCUUUAACUUUUGAAAAAGUGAUAGAAUUGAUAUCCUGUAAUGAUAUUGCUGUUCCUUGUGAAGAAAAAGUAUUUGAAUGUGUAAUAAAAUGGAUAAAACAUGAUUUAGAUUCAAGAGAAAAAUUUUUGCCACAAUUAAUGGAACAUGUACGUUUGCCAUUAUUAGCAUCAAAAUCAUGUUUAUUAAAACAUACAAUUGAUGAACCUCUUCUUAAAAAUUGUCCUAAAUUUAAUGAUAUUGUAUCAGAAGCAUUACAUUAUUAUCUGCUCCAAUCAACUCAGUAUUUUACCAUUCCACAAACGAUUCGCUGUAAACCUAGACAGUUUGGUGGCUUAAAAAAAAUUAUUCUAAUGUUCUUUUUUUCUGAAAAAUUGAAAAAGUUUAGUACUAAAUGGUAUGACCCGGCAACUAAUCUAUAUAAGAAUGCAGUAGAAAUGAAUGAUUGUCCUAUGAUAAGUAAUAUAUGUGUAAUUAGAGAUCAAUUUGUUUUUGCUAUGGGAAAUGUGAAUGGAAUAUCAAGUUCUUCUGUUAGUAUGCUUGAUGUAUCUUCACCAUCACCUUGUUGGGUACCAAUGGCCGAUAUGUUGAUUGAACGAAAAUAUCUAGGAGUUGGUGAAUUAAAUGAUUGUAUAUAUGCUAUUGGUGGAAAUGAUUCAGAUGAUAAUACUUUAUGUAGUGUAGAAGUUUUUGAUGUCGCUAUUCAAAAAUGGAGAAUGGUAACUCCUAUGAAUAUUAAUAGAAGUGGAUUUGGUGUUGGUGUACUAAAUGAUCGCUUAUAUACAGUAGGAGGUUGUGAUGGCUUAAAUUAUUUGAAGUCUGUUGAAUGUUAUGAUCCCACACUUGACACAUGGACACGAAUUGCAAAUUUGUCAAUAUGUCGUUGGGGUGUUAGUGUUGGAGUCUUAAAUGGUGUUUUGUAUGCUAUCGGUGGAAUUAGCGAUGAUGCUGACAAUUUUUGCAGUGAUCUUAUUUCUGACGUUGAUACUGAUGAUUCAAAUGAGAAUAGCAAUGAUGAUUCAAAUGAGAAUAGCAAUGAUGAUUUAAAUGAGAAUAGCAAUGAUGAUAAAAUCAAUGAUGAUAGUAAAAGUAUCGAUAGUAGUCAUCAUCUUAGAAGUGUAGAGGUUUAUAGACCAAGUGAUGGAGUAUGGUCUUCUAUUGCUGAUAUGAAUUUAGGCCGAUAUUAUCCUGGAGUAGUCGCAUUAAAUGGUUUAUUGUAUGUUUUUGGCGGAGAAAAAGAUAAAAAUUCAAAUUAUUGUACUAUAGAAGUGUAUGAUCCUAACACUAAUACUUGGUCCAUGAAAAUAUUGCCUAAGAUAAACAAGAACUUUCAAAUUCAUAAAGGAGUAGUUGUUAAUAUACCACCAAAUUUUAUCACUAAUUAGUAUUUAUAAUAAAAAAUUAAUUAUUAAUUCUAUUAA